AUGCUGCUCACCAUGCUGCUCACCAUGCUGCUCAUCAUACCCCACUUUGUUGCCAGCAAUAUUGCCUCAAAGAUUGUCCAGUUUCUCAUGGCUUGGGAAACAGCGCCACAGGCCGCUACAGGCCGCCACAGGCCCCCACAGACCGCCACAGGCCCUCACAGGCCCCCACAGGCCCCACAGAACGCCACAGGCCCCCACAGACCCCCACAGGCCCCCACAGGCCGCCACAGGCCCCCACAGGCCCUCACAGGCCCCCACAGGCCCCCACAGGCCUCCACAGGCCCCCACAGUCCCCCACAGGCCCCCACAGACCGCCACAGGCCCCCACAGGCCGCCUCAACACCGUUGUUAUUGUUUGUGUUGCCAUGCUGA